AGGACAUGAAAGCUAGACUAUCACAAAGCCACAAAAAAACAGACUAAAUCGAGCAUCAACAUUAUAAUACGUGGAUUUUCACCUAUUAAACUCGUAGGUUAUAUUUGCCAAAUCAUUCUUAUUCUGUAGGAAAAACUUACGGAAGAGAAUGUGUGACAUUGUGAUGAGAAAAUCAUGAAACCAGUUUAAUUGACCCGGUCCUUUUAGAGAUUGUUUGCUUGGUUAAAAGAGUGCUGCGCGUUUUAUUUCCAAUUUUCCGUGCUGAAGAAAACUAAAUAUGAUUCGCAGAGAACAAUAGUGUGUUAAAAUAGUAUUAUGCGGUACACUGCAUGCGCGCGUAAAAUUUCCUUGGCACUCAUAUUUUUGGGUUAAUUGCACGUCUUUUUGCGUAACUGUGCAGCUCGCGCACUGCACCGUGUUUAUUUCGUGCCUAUGGUGGCACGUGGUCAAGAAGCAAAAGCUCCGAAUUCAACAUGACCAAGAUUUUUCAAAUUAACGUUUUAUACAUUCAAACCAAUAUUUUUGGGAGAUAUUAUCAGAUCAUUUACACGUUCGUUACUCAAUAUUUUGCACCUAAACGCAAGGCUACCUGAAACCAACUGUUCUGAUCAUUUGGAUGCGCGUGGAAAGAAACCCAACAGAAAACGCCAGAAGGUUCGUAAAACAAAAUUUGAGACUUGAGAACUCUGACGGGUUAUGAAACUAACUUUUACGUUGCCAGACUGUUUAUGCCUCAUUUCAUUUUUUUACUCGUGCAAGACCUGCAGCAGCAGAAGCGUCAUUAUGGAGCGACCAUCGCGCUCGAUUCCAUUUGGAGAGCGCGCGUGUAACCGAGGAAGUGCGAGGGGCACGGCAGCGCCCGGUAAUUCCAGCAUGUGUGAGCCCUUCGGUGAGGAGGAGUACCAGCCCCCCAUAUGGAAGUCUUACUUGUACCAGCUGCAGCAGGAAGCUCCUCAACCAAAAAGGGUUACCUGCCCACAGGAGAUCGACAGGAAACCAAAGCACUACGGCAGAGAGUUCCAUGGGCGGAUUUCUCGGGAGCGCUCAGUGGAGCUGCUUGGAGUGGAUGGGGCGUACCUCAUCAGAGAGAGCCAGAGACACCCAGGAACUUACACACUGGCCCUCAGGUUUGGAGCGCAGACACUGAACUACAGGCUUUUCUACGAUGGGAAGCACUUUGUUGGGGAGAAGCGGUUUGAGUCGAUCCGUGAGCUGGUGUCGGACGGUCUGAUCGCCCUCUACAUCCAGUCCAAAGCCUCGGAGUACAUCUCCCAAAUGACCUGUAACCCCAUCUACGAGACUGUGGGGUACCCCCCCUUACAGAGACCCCUCUGCUCCACACCCCCCCAAGGCAGCGCGGAAAACAAGUUGUUGAUGGUGAAGGAGCAGGAGAGAUGUCUGCAGUAUGAAAAAGCCCACAGCUUUAAGACACACACCUUCCCCGGACCACACUGGUGCGAGUACUGUGCCAACUUCAUGUGGGGUCUGAUCGCCCAGGGACUACGUUGCUCAGGUUGCGGUCUGAGCGUGCACAGCCAGUGCUCCCAGCUGGUUCCACGCGACUGCCCUCCAGACCAGUGGAGGGUAAAAAGGGUUUUCAGCGCUGACCUCACCACCCUGGUCAAAGCCCACAACACACAGCGACCCCUGGUGGUGGACAUGUGUGUGCGCGAGAUCGAGCGCAGAGGUCUGAGGGCAGAAGGUUUGUACAGAGUCCCAGGGUCAUCAGAGUACAUCAAGCAGCUGAAGAUGGCUUUUGAACGAGAAGGGGAGAAGGUGGUACUAAAUGAGGAUGCUUAUCCUGACAUCAACAUCAUUGCUGGAACCCUAAAGCUUUACCUGCAAGGCCUGCCCAUCCCUGUCAUCACCUACCACCUGUACUACACCUUUAUACAGGCUGCAGGCAUUACCAACCCUGAGGCCAGACUGGAGGCGAUCCACGAGGCUGUCCUGCAGCUCCCUCCAGCACAUUACGAGACGCUGCGCUACCUGAUGGCUCACCUGAACAGGGUGACUGCUUUUGAGAGGCAUAAUUUCAUGAGCGCGGAGAACCUGGGAAUGGUGUUCGGGCCCACGCUGAUGAGAAGGCCCAAGGACAGCCCCAUCUCCCUGGACCUCCUGUGGAGCCAGAGCGUCACCGUCCAGCUCCUCAUCCAGAAUGAAGACAUCCUGUUUUAAAGAGGGUCUGCGGUCUGUUACUUACUGCGAGAGAUAGGUUUCUGUAAAGGAGAUCAUUACCAUUCACUUGUAUUUUAUGGUCUUUAUCGAUUGCAUUGUCGUAAAUUAUUUUUUAUAAAAGUUUAUAGUGCUUUUGCUUUUUUUCCUACCAAUUGUGAUAUUUUUAGCACAUUAAUAUGUUGAGGGAAUGAUUCUGCACACACUAAAAUUGUCUUACACGGUUAUUGCAGAAAGAUGCAGGUGCUCUUGUCGGAAAUUUCAGUUGUGUAGUCAUCUGGUCCCUAGAAAUAAGGAAAUUACUCCUUUUUUAUUGGUGGUGAGAUUGAGGAUUGUUUUGCCAAAACAAAGAAUCCAAAUUAGAUAUGUGUGAUUUGUGUACAUAAUUUACCUAAUAACAAAUGAAUUGGUUUAGUCAUUGUGUGUGGUGUGCGUGUGAGAUAGAAAGAUAUAUAGCGACAGAGACAGAGAGAGAAUGAGAGUGAAACCGCCGAAAACCUGUUGCACGUGAGAUUGAAAGGAAACCUCCGCGAGCCGCUAGUGAAACUGGCACGAGCCCAGACCACCACUUAAGUUUCAGCGCUUUCGUCAUGGCAACGGUGUGCUAUGCAGUACAACUGCAAGAGCCCAGUGCGUUUUCCGGCGAGAAAGCAGUGCUGAAAGUUCAACUUUAAAACAUAUUUUUUAAUGUCUUAAUAUUUCAAAUUACCUGCCGUCGUAUUUCUUGUUAAUUCGGCGGCAGAUAAACCAUGCGGUCAGUAUGCUUCAACAGAGUGACAACAAGCGAUGAACACUUCCUAUGAAAUGUGCACGUUAAUUAAGAGCAACUGCAGUUUGUAAACGAGUUCUGCGACUGUUGCAGAUAAUAGUGGCUUUGUAAAGUGCCUUUGGGGGUAUUCGUUUGUGUUCGUAUAUGUACGUACGCAAGUGGCCGGUGCCAUGUCACGUUAGGUGCCAUUUUAUACAGACACAAUAAUGCUUUAUAUAUCGAACACUGCGGGCUUGUUGCUGGCCAGGGUGCGCUUGUUUACAAUGCUGCAGCACUCUCGGUUUCAGUACAGGAAGAGAUCCGCCGCACGUCGCCAGGUAACCACUGGCCUUAACACUCCCAGCCCUGAGAUUCACCUGAGUGAACCGCCAUUGUGCGCCAAUGAGGAAGACGGACAGGUGUGCUGUCCAGCCAAUCACAGGCUGGGGAAGAAUCCCACGGGACGCAUAAAAAACGCAGGCUGCUUCCGAAGUUACGGGCGCAACGCGGUUCACAAUCGCGACAGCUGCGGUCCAGAUCGGGUCGUGUCUGACAGGAGCGAUCAGGGGAAAGAUGAGCGCCCUUCGCGAAAUGCAAGUUCACAAAUUAUGCUUUCAGCGUUAAGCAUACAGCGAAGGACAAAUUAAAAAACCAAGCUGCGUGAAUCUUGUUGACUCGCUUCGGAGUGUCCAAUCUCAGAGACAGGUGUGCGAAGGUGGGUGACUUCAUAAAACCUUGCGCACUGCUGUGGUUAUAACCGUCUCAAAGGUCUACGGCUUUUUUUUCUUUCGUAAGGAUGAAGCACGUUUUAAGUAGUGUGUAUCUUUAGAGUUAAAUAUAGCACUGUCUUAUUGUGAACGGUGUUUAUAUUGUUAGGUGACAGAAAAUCCAUAGGCUGUUGUUCUGUUCUCAGUACCCUGCGUAUUUAUAUUAAGCUUAGUGUACAAUGGGCAAUUUUAGCUGUAUAGUUUUAAAAAUAUAAUAAGAAAAACAAUAGACCGUUGACACUUUUAUAACUGAUGAAAGGUUCGUCCCAGGGCCGUAAAGAUGGC